ACCAACUAAAGCCAAACUACGGCUUGAACUGGCCUUCAGCUGGUUCAAGCUGGUUGAACUGCUUGUAAAAUGUGGAAUUAAUACUUCCUCCAACUUCCUUCUUGACUCUUGGAUCUACUCUACGUUAUUUCAUACCAUGAAUAAGGUCCCUACUCGAGUUGAUGGCAGAUUUAGGCUGGGAAAUGUUCUGGGGUCUGGCUCAUACGUUGCUGUCAAACUCGAACCUAUCAUCAACCGCUCGUCCUCUGUGUGCAAUGAAUACAAGAUUCUGAAACAACUCGCAGGCGGGGUUGGGAUCCCCCACGUCUUUUGGUUUGGCAGAGAAUCAACAUACCAUGCUUUGGUUCUUGAUCUCCUCGGGCCGUCGUUGCAUGAUAUCUUCAUUGCGCAUGAUCGAAGAUUCAGCCUUCCUAACAUUGUGAAUCUAGGAAACCAGUUGCUCUCAUGUCUCGAAUACAUCCACUCACACAAUUUCAUUCACGGUGACAUCAAACCCCAGAAUAUCUUAGUUGGUCUCGACAAUUUGAAGCACACCGCCUUCAUAAUUGACUUUGGUAUUUCGAAGGAGUACUGCAAUACUUCAACCAGAGCCCAUAUACCAUUUCGCCAAGGUCGUUGUCUCACUGGCACACCUGCAUUCGCCUCAAUCAACAGUCACUUAGGAGUUGAGCCAGGUCGUUGUGACGAUCUCGAGUCCCUCACAUAUAUGCUGAUAUAUUUCUUGCGUGGCUCCCUCCCAUGGUUAACCAGCGAUCACGAAAAGCUCUCCAAUUCUUCCAUGCUUGAGCGCAAAGUAAAUACUACUGUUGAAGUCUUAUGUCACGGAAUUCCCGUCGAGUUUGCAAGUCUUCUAAUUUACACACGCUCACUUGCAUUCUCGGAGGAUCCUGACUAUGACUAUCUACAUUCAUUACUCCACGAACUAGCUGUAUGUAUGAAUAGCUAUUAUAGAAAAAUUGUCAUUCCUGAAUCAGACACUCUCAACCACACAUACUGUCCAUCCCACUCAAACUACUCUCUUGGACACCGGUAA